GACGUCACGCAUCAAACGGCCGUAGUUGCUAUGCAAAAUAGGGUUGUGUUUGGCCCCAGAGAUACACCAUAGGAAUCCAAAAUCAGAAUGAGGCUGCUCAAAUAUGUGAUUGCCGAGACGUAUGGAGGGCCCGACUCGUAGAGGUUUUUGGAAACCAGCCCUGGAUGUUUUCGAGCACACAUUUCCAGCAACGAUUAGAAGAAAUCUGGGGGUUCUCAGCGAGUAGAAUUUGUGGACACGUUGUUAAACCGGAAGAAGCCACUACCGAGCUUCCACCUGUGUAGGUCGGACAGGUAUUUCUAGGUUGGUCCGGCGGAUUGGUUGUCGCCCAGACGGGUAACAUACACCUUCGCUCUCUCCUACGUGAGUCGGAUGGAGUGACGGCUUGGUUGUGUGGCUACGAACUGUAUGUUGUGUUGUGUUUUGCCUGGAUUGAAUACCGUCGUUCUCGGGUUCCACCUUGUGCCCCUGAAUUGUAUUGUGUACCCGCGGAUCAAUAGGGUAGGGUUAAGAUCGCCAGAAGCGCGCAGUGUGGUGAAAAGGAAUCGGGUAUACGUGAAACAUGGCGGGGUAAGGCCUGUGUCUCGGAGAUUUCACCGCCGUUCGGAUGGACCAACCCUUCUAAUAUAUCAGCAGCACUGAGAUUCCUCGACAAUGUUUUGGUGUGUUGUUGUCUAGUCGAUGAUGUCGUUUCAUUCCGUAGUUGUGUCGUGCCUACAAGGCAAUGGAGGCGUCUUCCCAUAACCCGAACUUCAAGCCGCUUUCCCCAGAGUCUCUGACCUGCAUCGAGCAGCGGCGAGUCGAGAAGGAACAGCAGGGGAAAUGCUCGAAAACCGCGCUCAACGCCAUGGUGGUGGCCACCACCUCCACCACGGCCAACGAAGCCGUCCAGGAGGAAGAGCUUCUUGCGGUCAAAGAUCCCGACCUGCAAGACGGGCGCGUGCUGCCGCCCUCCCUCGGACCCUUCCCGGAGAAGCUGACGGGGCAGCCCCUGGAAGACUUCGAUCCCUACUAUCAGAGAGAAAUGACGUUCUGCGUCGUCUCCAAGCACUUCUCCGGGAGGAGGCACAUCCAUCGGAUGAGCGCCAGCAGAUCUCUCUACAUCUUCUCGCCAUUCAACAAGCUCCGCCGCAUCGCCAUCUACAUAGCUGUACAUAGAUUUUUUGACAUUGCUGUGAUGUUGACGAUUGUAGUGAACUGCGUGUUUCUUGCCCUGACGACCCCGAUUGAACUUUCAGAGUGGGUGUUUACAGGGAUCUACACUUUGGAGAUGGUUGUCAAAAUCAUCGCAAGAGGAUUUAUCCUCACGAAGUUCACCUAUCUCAGAGAUCCUUGGAAUUGGUUGGACUUCUUAGUAGUAUGUUUAGCGUUCGUCACCUUGUCGGUACCUGACUUAGGAAAUUUGACAGGCAUCAGGACCUUCAGAGUUCUGAGAGCACUCAAAACCAUAUCAAUAGUACCAGCCUAUUGGUACGGAUCGGACGGCGAGUACAUAGUUUGCGGAAAUGCAUCAGAAGCAGCGAAGUGCCCUGAUGGAUACACAUGUCUACCAGACAUCGGAAUAAACCCGAACUUCGGCUACACCGGGUUUGACGACUUUGGCAUGGCCCUGCUUACCUCGCUGCAGCUGAUUACGUUAGACUACUGGGAGAACGUCUACAACCUGAUCAUCGAAGCCAGUGGACCCUGGAACAUGCUGUUUUUCAUCAUAGUCGUGUUCUUUGGGUCCUUCUACCUGAUCAACCUGAUGCUGGCAGUGGUAGCCAUUUCCUAUGAGGAAGAAGCGAACUAUAGCAAGAAGUUGAGACGGAAGGUCCGUUCCAGACAAUGGGUUUCCAGGAUGGCUAAGGACGGGGCACCGGCGCAACAAACAGGGACCGCAUCAGAGUUUACCCUCGAAAGUGGGGAUCAAACCAAGCAGAAUCCUCCGCUAAACGAUGCGGGAGACUCUGGAGAAAUUGAGACGGAAAAGCCACGCACAAGCACCAAUGACACCCCUAUGGGCAGUAAAGAAUAUCCGACGGCCGUUAUGAAACUAGAGGAGGGUAAGACGGUCUACGUUCCCGACGGUGAUAUUCAGGAGGAGAAAGGGAAGGGCGAGGACAGCAACAAGCUUGGCAAAGUGGACGGAAAGAUCUCCUCUUCUGCGGUUGAGGUCGAACCAAAGGUGGAGGACGGACCUUUCAACAAGUUGUCAGUAAUCGAGGAAAAAGUGCCAAGAUCAUCAUCUCCGACCAUCCGAGUUACAGAACCAUCGCCUGUUUUAUACACGGAACCAUCUCGCUUCGAUCGGCUGAAGAAAGGUUUCAUGGACAGGUGCUGUGCUUGGACCUGCUGUCCCUGUUGGGGCAAGUUCCAGGGUGUCAUGCACGUCAUCGCCAUGGACCCACUCUUCGAACUGUUCAUCACGCUGUGCAUCAUUGUCAACACGGCUUUCCUCACCAUCGACCACCACGGCAUGAGUGAAGAUCUGCAGAACACAUUGACUGUCGGCAACCUGGUGUUUACUGGUAUCUUCGGCGCGGAAGCUCUCAUGAAAAUGAUCGCUCUUGGCAAGAACUACUUCAAGGAUAGGUGGAACGUCUUCGACUUUGUAGUGGUGAUGGUCAGCCUUCUGGAGUUGGCACUGGUCAACGUCAAGGGUUUGUCCGUCCUCAGGACCUUCCGAUUGCUGCGAGUUUUCAAGCUGGCACGCUCCUGGCCGACCAUGAAAAUGUUGCUGUCAAUCAUUGGCAGCUCGCUAGGGGCGCUUGCAAACUUGACAGUGGUGCUCGUCAUCAUUGUGUACAUUCUGGCUGUGCUGGGCAUGCAACUCUUUGGAGAACAGUACAGGACAUUCUACGCUGGGAACAUGCCUCGCUACACAUUUGUGGACUUCUUCCACUCCUUCAUGAUGAUAUUCCGCGUGCUGUGUGGCGAGUGGAUAGAGCCGCUGUGGGAGUGUAUGCAGGCGGCCGGGUCAGGCUGCAUACCGAUGUUCCUCGUCACUCUCACGUUGGGAAACUUUAUGGUUCUCAACCUUUUCCUGGCCCUGUUGUUGAACUCUUUCGGCGCCGACACGUUGAGCAACCACGAGCAGAACCAGACGGGAAAUAGUAACAAGAUCAUGGCUGGGCUUAACAGGCUUCGGGCUGUUCUAGCUUUCAAGCGGCAGAAGUCACCAAAAGUCCGACCCCGGCAGGACGGCAAAGAAGAAAGUAACAGCAAUGCAGAAAGCGAAGGAGGUGGCAAACUUGCUGUCAUAAGCAACGGGUCCGGUCCGUCCAUAGAAAUGCACGCUAUGGAGGAGGGCCGGAACAAAAGUCCUAACAACAUCAAGAGCAUCACAAGCCUGUCAACCAACCAAGAUCCUCCUAGCAAGAAGAGUUCUCCCAGGCGCCUCGCUCCACUGGACAGCAGGGCAUUAGUGGACGAGCCACCUAUUACUCCAACGCAGGUUGUUCAACAUACGGAGCGUGCUUUCCAGGCCCAGCGAGAAGCCUUCAGCAGGUUUGAGGAAACGAUGUACCAGAACCACGGCAGCAGUGUCGCACUCGACUCCCCCCGCAGCGUCAGCCACGCCGGGUCCCGAGCCCCCAGCCCUGGGGCCCGAUCAACCUCCAACAGCCCUCGACCAAAAUCGGCCAACUCCCAGGUGUCAUCUGCACUGGUGGCAUCUCCAAAAGAAGACAAUGAGGAUAAAGAGCAAGAGAUGGACGAAGAGGGAAAACCGAAGGUGACCUUCGAGGAGACAGACAAAGAGCCAGAAGACUGCUUCCCGGAAUGCUGCAUCCAGAACUGCUGUAUGCGUUGCUCGUGUUACAGCAGGUUCACGACCAGCAAGCACAGUGAUCUGUGGGCCGCUGUACGGAAGUUCAACUUCAAGAUUGUCAACCACAAGGUCUUCGAAGGGUUUAUCCUUCUCAUCAUCAUGGGCAGCAGUCUCUGUCUGAUCUUUGAGGACAUCUACUUGCCGACCAAGCCACAACUGAAAGCGGUACUGUACUACUUGGACAUCACGUUUGUCGUCAUCUUCACAGUAGAGAUGAUACUGAAAUGGCUGGGUGUCGGCUUCAAACGAUACUUCGGUAGCGUCUGGUGCUGGCUUGACUUCGUCAUUGUUGUGAUCUCGCUGGUCAGCAUCGGAGCAGCCACUGCCGGUAUCGACAACCUCUCGGCUUUCCGAGCACUGCGGACCCUCCGAGCACUGCGACCCUUACGGGCCAUCUCACGAUGGGAGGGUAUGCGGGUUGUGGUGAACGCUCUCCUUCAAGCGAUCCCGUCCAUCUUCAACGUGUUACUGGUGUGCCUUGUGUUCUGGCUCAUCUGCAGCAUCAUGGCGGUGCAGUUCUUCGGAGGCCAGUUCUACAAGUGUCUGGAUGAAAACGGAGAGAAACUAGACAUCACUAUUGUGAACAACAGGACUGAGUGUCUAGAUAAGAACUACACCUGGGUGAACAGCAAAGUUAACUUUGAUCAUGUUGGCCAAGCCUAUCUCGCACUACUUCAAGUGGCAACGUUUGAAGGCUGGAUAGAGGUUAUGUCAGACGCUGUUGACGUUCGCGGGGUGGACAUGCAGCCAUCGUUCGAAUACACCUUUUAUGCGUACAGCUAUUUCGUCUUCUUCAUCAUCUUCGGCUCUUUCUUCACCUUGAACCUCUUCAUUGGUGUUAUCAUCGACACCUUCAAUGUACUGAAGAAAAAGUAUGACGGAGAAGCGUCCAUUGAUCUCUUCCUCACCGAGACCCAGAGGAAGUACUACAACGCGAUGCGGAAACUGGGAUCGAAGAAACCCCAGAAAACAAUCAACAGACCAAAGAACAAAUGCCAGGCGGCAUUGUUCGAUUUCGUGUCGAGUAAAGGCUUUGAGAUUGGUAUCGUCAUACUGAUCAUGUUGAACAUGGUGGCCAUGGCCGUGGAGCACUACAAGCAAAGCGACACGGUCACGUACGUCCUGGCACUCGUCAACAUCGUCUUCACCUCCAUCUUCACCGUGGAGGCCGUGCUGAAGAUCAUCGCCUACCGAUGGCACUACUUCAGGGUUGCCUGGAACGUCUUCGACUUCAUCGUGGUCCUUUUGUCUAUCCUGGGUCUAAUAUUGGAUGACUUGCUGCAGAACGUAUUCAUCACACCAACCCUCCUGAGGGUGGUGCGAGUCUUCAGAAUAGGGCGAGUCUUACGUCUGGUCAGGGCAGCCAAAGGGAUCAGGAAGUUGCUCUUCGCACUGAUGACGUCACUUCCGGCCCUCUUCAACAUCGGACUCCUCCUGUUCCUCGUGAUGUUCAUAUUUGCCGUCUUUGGAAUGACGUCAUUUGCAUACGUGAAGAAGGAAGGGGCCCUCAACGACAUGGUCAACUUUGAAACUUUCGGAAGGAGUUUGAUCCUUCUGUUCCGGCUGACUACUUCAGCGGGGUGGAACGACGUGCUGGAACCUCUCAUGAACGAAAAUCCUCCAGACUGUGAUCCGAACUUUCCGAAUGGAUACUGGAAAGGAAAUUGUAGCGUAGCGUGGUUAGCAGUAGCGUAUUUCGUGUCAUACAUCAUCCUGAGUUUUCUUAUUGUGAUCAACAUGUACAUAGCGGUGAUCCUGGAGAACUUUAACCAGGCUCACCAGCAGGAGGAAGACGGGAUCACAGAGGAUGACUUUGAGAUGUUUUACUCUGUGUGGGAAAGAUACGAUCCUUAUGCCACACAGUUUAUCUACUACCAUCAACUGUCGGACUUCUGCGACAAUCUAGACGAGCCGUUACGAAUUCCAAAACCGAACACCAUAAAGAUUGCUUCGCUAAAUCUUCCAGUACGCGCGGGAGACAGGAUACACUGUAUCGAUGUGCUGGAAUCCCUAACGCGGCGUGUUCUAGGAGAGGUGGAAGACAGCGAGGAGUUUUCGGAACUCAAGGCACAGAUGCAAAGGAAGUUCCAAGAAGCGUUCCCGCAGCUCACGCGCCAUGAAGCCAGAACCACGACCUUCAUGAAAAAGCAGGAAGACAGAGCUGCCCGAGUCAUCCAAAGAGCGUACAGACAAUGGGUCCUUCGAAAGUCCAUUCGAGGUGCAUCUCAGAUGUGGCGUCUGCGCAACAGUAACAGCAGCCUCAACACCGCCGAUCAGUCCCCUGCAAAACUGCCCCUGACACCAUCACGUGACACUGUGAACACCAAAUCUCCGUUUCUCGGUGUCAGACAGCGUUGGGCCUUGGACCAGAAGACAGCUAAAAGAACUUCUUUUGCCUCUCAGUCAGACCAGCAUGCUCCAGACAAUGACAGUGUGGAGCGGAAGUUGAGCACACACAGCUUGGGCCAACCAGACCCAACCACGUGACCAUGGGUGGAAUGACAGACCACAAGCAACUCAGUUGACACUGGCAAAAGCCAGGAAUAAAGAAGAAAGAAGGCAAAAAAGAAGAAAAAAACGACGACGCCCUAUACUUCAUUCGAGAGGACUGUCUUAUCAGACAAAGAUACUGAUUAUCAAGCCAUAUCCGAAAGGGACUGGAAGCCAUAAUUUACCAAAUGGCCACGAAUAAAACCAGAGUACAUAAAGAUGAGUUUGAUGUAUGGUAUUAAAUUUAAGCAUGUAUGGUUGAACAAACUGGAGCACGUAUUUGACAACACAUUACCUGCUUGCCAUGCAAAUGUAUAUGGAUGAGAUAUUGUAAUAUAUGAAAAAGUAGCUACAAACUGUAUUUGUAUACGUUUGCAUAUGUAUAUUGUGAGACUUGACAUACAAAGUCAUGUGACUCCGCACCGUUGCCAAAGGAGUACCAUGCAGACAAACGCGGUGUUCCUUAUACACUUUCUGUUGCCAACCUCCAAAUGACACAGCUGUAGUCACUUUCUACAUGGACGGCACUUUUCAUGACAAACAAAAAUGGAUAGUGAAAGAUAUCAGGUAUGUCUGAUUACCGGCCAGAAGUGCCGCCUAUCUUAGGUAUACGAAGGAUCGGUGGCAUGGUUUUGCAAAGUGUUCGAAGACAUCUUAUUACACCAAUACCUGUGUGUACAGACCGCUUCAGUGAUUCGUAUUUCUGAUGUGCCAUCAAUUGUUGAUGAAAUUUCAUGACAAAAAGAAAGAAAGGGGUCUACAACCUGACUAUAUAUAGCUCCUCGCGUGAUAUUGUCCUUGGUUUUGAGAUGAGACUGAGUUUGAACUGUGGAAGGUGCGCAGGAGUGGGCAUGUAGAAAGCUAUUCCCUCUCAACACGAGCUGUACAUAGUAUUAUUGAAGGUUAUUGGACAAGCUAUUUUUAUACAUAUUUGUAACAAUUGUACAUAUUUGGUCCUUUCUGUCGGUUCGGCAUGCAAGUGCACUGUUUUGGGACUAUGGGCAGUUUUUUUCUCUUUGUUACGGGUUGUAUCAUAUUGAAAAGAUUUGUUUCGUGUCUUCAAAAUGAUAUACUGUAAUACACCUAUUGAUUGACAAACUCACUGCAAAUGGCGUAGAUCAAGGUAAAUUACACCUGGGCCAUACCAUUAAAGUUUUGCAGUGGCGAUUACACAGAAAAUCGAAAACAUGGCAUUUAUUGUAUUGGGCAACUUGUUUUCUUAACUCAGACGGUAUUUUCUUCAGUUUUUUCAUCGUGUUGCUUCGGAAAGACUGUCCAUAGUCCAAGUUGGACACGGCCCUUAAUUGGUUACAAGGUUACGUGUACUUCCUGUCCCAUUCGAGAAUUUUCAAUUUGUCUUGGGAAUUUUCGGAGGCACAGUGUGAUGGUAUAUGCCAUCGGGUCUGGACUAUCACUAUAACCUGUUAGUGGUUGGAUUUGAAAAUCCCAUCAAGUAAACUUAUAUGGAUGCACUUGCCAAGAUUCAAAUGAAUUCACAUGUUACAGAAUAGGGCUUGUUAUCAGAACACUGUCUGAAGUAUGCAGUUGUUUCAUACAGUUUCCAUGUAUGUCUGUACAAUGUGUGCAUCGGUACAAUUUGUACUAUAUAAUACCAGCAUACCUAUAACCAUCUCACAAGAUUGACAUAUCUCCUUGCUACGUCUUGAGCAAUAACAUAUACAGAAAGCAAAGUCUUGAAACGAAUAAAGAUUUACGAAUGUC